CGUUCUUGUGGGUCACUCUACCACACUCCUUUUCCCUUUUCCUCUCCCUAAAAUAAUUGUAUUCCCUUCACUUUUUUUGUCAGGUGUUAACAAAAUAAUAUAAGAACUUAAUUCAUAUUUCAAAGUUCAAAGUUCAAACCAAAAAACACGUAUAAACCUUUUUCUAGCUUCAAAGUUUUGUGUGUGUGUGUGUGGGUGAGAGAGUUAUUGUGAUGACUUGUUCAAGUAAAAACGUAGCAAACGCAGUUGGAGGCAAAACUGCUAGGGCUUGUGACAGUUGCAUAACAAAGAGAGCACGUUGGUAUUGUGCUGCUGAUGAUGCUUUUCUCUGUCAAGCUUGUGACUCUUCUGUUCAUUCAGCUAAUUCUUUAGCUCGAAGACAUGAAAGAGUUCGUUUGAAAACAGCUUCGUACAAGUCCAUUAAUGGUGAUGAAUUCUUCAAUUGUGGUCCUUUCUCUGGCUUCACCAAGAAGGCAAGAACACCGAGACAGGGGAAACACAAAUCAAAAUCAUCCUCGAGCAGCGAACCAGCAAGGAAUAAUAAUAAUAUUCCGUUUCAUCUUGUGCCGGAAUUAGGUUUCGAUGAAGUUAAUUCAAAUUCCAUUGAGGAAAAUGAGGCGCAACUUCUUUACAGGGUACCAAUUUUCGAUCCUUCUAUUGCUGAUUUAUGUACUAGUCCUCCUUCAGUUUGUUCAACUGAAGGAGGACUGGGAGUGGUAGUUGUUGCUUCUGCUUUCGCUCCUGAUGUUAAAAACAAUGAGAGCGAAAGCAGAGUUCAACUAGGUAGUGAUAAUAAUUAUGAGAUGGAAAGCUUUCACGGGCUUCUUCCAUCUGAUAUUGAAUUAGCCGAAUUUGCAGCUGAUGUUGAGAGCUUAUUGGGUAGGGGAUUAGAAAAUGAGUGUAUAGGGAUGGAAGAGUUGGGAUUGAUUGAUACAAAGCAUGAGGAGAGUGAGAAGUGGAAGUGUGGUGGAAAGGUGAAGGAAGAAGGUGAAGAGUGUUAUGAAGUUGUUGAGGGAGAUAAUAUGAUGGAGAUUGGAAAAGAAUCUUCAUUUGAGUUGAAUUUUGAUUAUGAUGAUUCUCAUGAAACAUGUGAAGAGGUGAAGGAGAAGUGUGGAGAACAAAAUGAAAAUAAUGAUUAUAAUAAGGGGAAAAGAAAAAUAUCUUUGCAGCUAGAUUAUGAUGCAGUAAUCAUUGCAUGGGAUAGCCAGAAGUGUCCCUGGACUAAUGGUGACAAGCCAAUUUUGGAUGCUGAUGAGAACUGGCCCGAUUGCAUGGGAACUUUCGGAACGGAGGUUCAUUAUGCUUAUGGUGAGUUUGGUGGAUAUGGAUGUCAUCCAGUAAUGGUAGAUGGAGGCAGAGAAGCAAGGGUUUCGAGGUACAGAGAAAAGCGAAGAACAAGGUUGUUCUCAAAGAAAAUAAGGUACGAGGUUAGGAAAUUGAAUGCAGAGAAGAGACCAAGAAUGAAAGGGAGAUUUGUGAAGAGGGCUUCCUUUGCAGUUCCAACAUUUCCUUUGCUAAAAUAAAUAAGAGUUAGCAUUUGUUGGGUUACUUUACCCCUAAUCUUUUUGUAGUAUGUGCUAAAAGUAAUAAUUUGUUGCUUUAUGAGUUUGCAUUUCGUUUUACUUUAGUUUCCCACCACUUUGUAUAGAUAAACAGUUUUGUGCAACAUUUUAUUGGUUUGAGUGGAACUUUAUUCGAAUUUAUUAUGCAAGAA